AUGCUUCUACAAAAACUAUGGCUGUUCGAUUUAGAUUGGGACACGCCAAUCUCGCAGGACAGUGAUCUGUACGCUGAACUUCAGUCGAUUGAACGUGAUCUGAAGGACGUCGCUGGUGUGGAGAUUGAUCGAUGUUUAGUACCUCCAAUGUUCCGUGGUCAGUUAACAUUACCUAAGGUUUCACUCCAUGGUAUGAGUGAUGCAUCAGAGGAUGCCAUGGGGGUGGGAAACUGGCUGAGAUGGGCUGAAUCGGGGGAUGGAGAAGCUGAACUAUCAUUCGUAUGUGCUCGCUCAUGGCUCACACCAUUGAAACAAUCCAGUAUUCCAAGAAAGGAAUUACAAGCAAUGCUGCUUCUUAGUCGAUUGGUGGUUACUGUUCGCGAUGCGCUACGUCUUGAAAUCGAGUCUGUGAAACUUUGGACCGACAGUAAAACGGUUAUAAGUUGGCUCCAAGGACAUUCGAAGGCAUUUCGAUCAUACGUCGCCUGCCGAGUUGGUGAAGUCACCCAGAACUUUGAUCCGGUCACAGAAAUCGCCUUUGUACCUACUGACGAAAAUGUCAUCGAUCUGGUAUCGCGUGGUGGAACUGUAGACCAAAUGAGAAAUGUGAUCGCGGGUCCAGCAUUCCUCCGCAAAUCGCCGUCAGAAUGGCCCAGCGCUCCAAAACUGAAAAUGAACUCUGAUGAUGCUGAACUGAAAAAGUUCCAUGUGCGCAAUGCCAAAGUCCUUGCUCUGCAACUAGUCGCUGACUUUCCGGAACAACCCAUCUUGAAUCCCAUCGAUUACUCAAGUUGGACACGUCUUACUAUGGUAACAGCAAGGAUUCUGUCGUUGUCCAAAUUACCGAAAAAUCAAUGGCUCAGUCGUCUCACAGAGACAGUCGCAAAGUUUCCUACCUUGGCAAGAAUCAAGGAAGCAGAACUCUAUUGGAUCAGAUAUGCCCAGCGAGAUCUGAACUUUACUGAUCACAACCUUCGGAAACUCAACCCAAUUCUCGAUGAGAAACAACAAGUGUAUCGCGUUAGAGGACGUCUAGAUCGAGCUCCUGUCUCUUACGACAUGCGUCAUCCAUACUUACUGCCUAGAAGAAAUCGCAUCUCGCUCCUGAUUGCGCAUGAAAAACAUCGCUAUGCUCUCCAUGGUGGACAAUUACGCACAUUUACUGAGAUUCGAAGGUCCUAUUGGAUCAUUGGGGACAUGAAACUUGCUAGUGCUAUCAUAAAAGACUGUAAAAUAUGCAUCAGGAACAAUGCUCAGGCUCUUCAGACUCUGAUGGCCGAUUUACCGCUAUGCAGGUUGAAACCAUUCACCCCAGCAUUCUUCACAACCUUUGUGGAUUAUCUAGGUCCUAUCAAUGUGAAACUGAACAGAAACACUGUAAGUCGAGGUUAUGGUGCUCUGUUUACCUGCGCUGUCGUCCGUGCUGUGCACGUAACCUGUGUUCAGGACCUGACCACAGAAGCAUUUCUGAUGGCACUUGAUCGCUUUGUAGCUAUCCGUGGAGCUCCUGCCCAUAUGCGUAGUGACAAUGCAACUUGCUUCCGAGGAGCGGACAAUACGAUCAACGAUCUGAACUUGAAAUUUGACAAAGAGAAAAUCUUGGCAGCUAGCACCAGGUUCAAGAUUGACUGGAAAUUUGGUCCUGGUGAUGGGGCCCCAUCACCAGGGGGCUGUCGAAAGAAUGGUUCAAGAGGUGAAAAAGGGCAUGAGACAUAUGGUCCAUGCUGA